CCCCAAUUUCCUUCUCACUUCUCAUUUCUCAUUUCUCAAUUCUCAACGCUCACCAAUUGCUUUCUCCCCAAAUCAAAAUAUUAAAACCCUAACCCCAAACCAACUAUUGCAAGCCCCAAUCCAUCUACCAGCGGUAACGAGGAAGGCGAUUGCUGUUGUCGGCACUCGGCCAAGCAAGAAGCUCGAACAGCGCUGAAUGCUAAGCGGGUUUGCUAAUGGUAUAAUUUAAUCAGUUAACUGGUCGCAAAUUGAAGCCAAUGGACAUAAUUGAAUCCAUUGAUAAUCUCUCGGUGCAAGAUCCCCCUGGGGAAGACUUCUCCGCAGCCGACUUGGAUUGGGUCAAGCUUGGGAGUGAAGACCGAUAUGAUGAUGUAGCUCUGAUCCCUUACGAUAGAGUUGAUGCCUUUAUCAUUGGAGAAUGUUCUAAUGUCGAGUGUCCGACUAGGUUCCACAUUGAGAGAGGAAGAAAACGAGCCAAAGGAAGCCUAAAGCAAUACAAGAAUGAUGAGUAUCUGGAGUAUAGGCUGUAUUGGUGUUCUUUUGGGCCUGAAAAUUAUGGAGAAGGUGGAGGUAUAUUGCCAAGUAGAAGAUAUCGGCUAAACACUCGAAAUCGUGCAGCUAGGCCUCAAUCUAUGCGGGGUUGUACAUGCCAUUUUGUUGUGAAGCGUCUCUAUGCACGGCCAUCCCUUGCACUUCUUAUAUAUAAUGAGAGACGUCAUGUGAAUAAAGCUGGUUUUGUCUGCCAUGGGCCCUUAGAUAGAGAUGCAAUAGGCCCUGGGGCCAAGAAGAUUCCAUAUGUUUGUAGUGAGAUUCAGCAACAAACAAUGUCAAUGAUAUAUCUUGGUAUCCCUGAGGAGAAUGUUUUGGAGAAACACAUUGAGGGGAUUCAACGUUACUGUGGUUCUGAUGCAAAAGUUAAAAGCCUUGCUUCCCAAUAUGUGCAGAAACUUGGGAUGAUUAUCAAGCGCUCCACUCAUGAGUUGGAUCUGGAUGACCAAGCCAGCAUUCGGUUAUGGGUUGAACGCAACAAGAAGUCCAUUUUCUUUUAUCGAGAUACAUCAGAAACUGAUCCCUUUAUUUUGGGAAUACAGACUGAAUGGCAGUUACAGCAGAUGAUCCGUUUUGGCCAUCGAAAUAUCAUAGCAGCUGAUUCAACAUUUGGAAUAAAGAAACUAAAGUACCCAUUGUGCACACUUCUUGUAUUUGACUCAAGACAACAUGCACUCCCUGUUGCUUGGAUCAUUACCCGUAGUAUUGCAAAGCCAGAUGUUGCUAAAUGGAUGAAAGCUCUACUUGAUCGAGUUCACUCAGUUGACCCUGGAUGGAAAGCCAGUGGAUUCUUAAUUGAUGAUGCUGCGGCAGAGAUUGAACCUAUAAGGGAGGUAUUUUCUUGCCCUAUACUUUUUUCCCUCUGGCGCGUUCGUAGGUCAUGGCUAAGGCACAUUGUUAAAAAAUGUACUAACAUUGAAGUUCAGAGAGAGAUGUUUAAACGCCUGGGCCAAAUAAUGUACAGCAUUUGGGGUGGAGUGGAUCUUGCUGUUGCUUUGGAAGAAUUUUCUCUGGAUUUUGUCGAUCAAACUUCCUUUAUGCAAUACUUUAAGGAUUCUUGGGUGCCUAAGAUUGAAAUGUGGCUCACGUCAAUGAAGACUCUUCCACUUGCGAGCCAGGAAGCCUCUGGUGCAAUUGAAGCAUAUCAUGUGAAGCUGAAAACUAAAUUAUAUGAUGAUUCACAUCUUGGUUCUCUCCAGAGGGUUGAUUGGUUAGUUCAUAAGUUGACAACUGAGUUGCACUCUAGCUACUGGCUUGACCGUUAUGCAGAUGAAAGUGAUUCAUUUGUAAAUGUGAAGGAGGAGUAUAUUGCUUCCACUUCUUGGCAUCGGGCUCUUCAAAUCCCUGACAAUGCCAUUUCGUUAGAUGAUAGGGAUCACCUCUUUGCUAAAGUUGUCAGUCAGAAGGACAGCAAGGUAACACGAGUAGUUUGGAAUCCUGGCUCUGAAUUUGCGCAUUGUGAUUGUGAAUGGUCAUUGCAAGGAAACCUCUGCAAGCAUAUCAUUAAAGUCAAUAUGGUCUGUGAAAAUCUGCAGUGCUACCAAUCUUCCUUGUCAUUUCAGUCACUUAAAAAUAUAUUAAUAGAUCUCUGGGAGAAACCAAUGGAUGAUUCUGUUGCAUUAGAUAUUUCAACUGCCUGGACGCACCAAAUGCUUGACCAAGUUCAAAAGCUUGUUGAAUUGAAUAGUUCUGAUGAUAUUGGACUUGUUGUAAACAAUAUGCCACUGAAAUGGGUUGCUAAAAAAGUCAGAACAACAUCUGGCAGGCAAUCAUCAACCCUGGCUUUGUCCUCUAGCUCCAAGAAUGACUAUGCACGUAAAAGAAAUAGGAAGAGAAAGAGGUUGUCUCGUUUUAGAUGAUUGUUCCUGUAAAUAUAUGAACUUAUUUUGGAAGAAGUUUACAAUCUUUCAGGGGCGGUAAUAUUCAGUAUUUAUUGUACUUGGUGUUGUUUGUUCAAAUCCCCUAUGAAGGUGGUUCAGAUGCUAAUAAAUUCGAGCUAGAAACCAUGUAAAUCCUUGAUCAAUGCUGAAUAUCUGAUUUUCCCUUGGAGUCCAAAAGAUGUCAGAAAAGGGCUCAAGAAGCUUCAAGCUGCCUUGAAGCUGAAGUACAUGGCCGCUUCAUUGAUGAAGGUAGCUAUUCAGUUUCUAAUGACAUCAUUCGGCUUGAAAUCAACCGUCUCUACACUGGAUAAUGCCUGGUGUUAUGGUACCUCCCAUCACCAUGAUGUCUCAACCCAAUUUUGUUGCAAAAAUAGGAAAUUUUGGCAUGUACAGACUUGCUUGUUGGUCAAUGUGUCUGCAAAUCCUUGAAAUGCAGUUUUGUUUAA